ACAGUUACGAGCGGAUCUUUUAAGAGAGCGGAACUUUAAAAAAUAUAUGAAAUAAAGUCCGCGGAAAACUUUUUUUUUCGAAAUGAUUUUUUCGCGAAAUCAAGUGAUAUCUAUUCUAGUAUACUCGUUAUUUUUAGUUAGUUUUCCCGGACUAGUAAGUAGUGCAAGUAAAUCUGGAUCCAAUGGACCAGCAAUACCAGAAGCAGUCAUAGAAGAAGUUAAUGCAAAACAAUUGGAAAAAAUAUUAAAUGAUAAGGAUUAUGUAGCCGUAUUCUGGUAUGCCAGAAGUUGUAUCACUUGUGAUAAAGUUUUAGCGGAGCUCGAAAAAAUCGACGACGAUACGGAUUCAUUUGGUGUUGAUUUUGUCAAAAUAAACGAUAAACGACUUGCAAAACAAUAUGGCAUCAAGAACUUUCCAGCUCUUACAUACUUCAGAGAAAAAGAACCGAUUAUAUAUGAUGGAGAUCUUAUGGAUGAGGAAGGUGUUUUGGAUUUCUUGACGUCAUUAGAAGCUAUGGAUUUACCGGAUCGUAUCGAAGAAGUAAAUGCAAAAGCACUAGCUAAAAUUAUCGAGGAUACGGAUUAUGUGGCUGUUCUUUUUUGUUUCCAGCUCGAGUCAGCUAACACGACAUCAUCUCAAUGGUAUAAUAUCUUCGGCAGCAGUGAAACUUCUAAUUUAAGAGAUGAUAUAGAUAAACCAGAAUGCCGAAAAUGUAACAAAGCACUACAAGAACUGGAAAAUAUCGAUGAUGAAGCAGAUCAACUUGGAAUUGGUUUUGUGAAAAUUCAUGAUGAGGCAUUAGCUGAAGAAUAUAAUCUCGGAAAUUUGCCAGCUUUAGUAUAUUAUAGGCAUCAAACUCCAAUUAUUUAUGAAGGUGAAUUAUCCAGAGAAGAAGAUGUUUUAGAAUGGUUGGUACAAAACAAAUCAACUGGUGAUGAAGAUGAUGUUAUAGAAGAUGUUACUUCUAAAACUCUUGGAACACUUAUUAGCAAUAUUGACAAUUUAGUUGUUUUAUUUUAUGAUCACGGAGAUGACGAUUCAAUGACAGUACUUGAGGAAUUGGAAAAAAUUGAUGACGACUGCGAUAAGCACGGUAUUCAAUUCGUAAAAAUUGAUGAUAGAAAAGCUGCACGAGAAUAUGGAAUUGACGCUAUUCCAUCAAUUGUAUAUUUUGAAAAUAAACUACCAAACGUUUAUGAUGGUGAUUUGAUGGAUGAAGAUGAAAUUCUUCAUUGGUUACUUGGGCAAUUAGAAAAAGAUGAAAUUGAAGAUGUUACUGACGAAAUGUUAGACAAAUUGGUCAAAGAAGGAAAAGUUCUAGCCGUUUUAUUCUAUGAUAAUAAUGAUAAAAAAUCACAAAAAGUUUUAAGUGAGUUAGAAAAUAUUGAUGAUGAAUGUGAUGCACUUGGUAUUACAUUCGUUAAAAUCGAUAAUCCAGAAGAAGCUCUAGAAUAUGGCAUUGAUAAAGUUCCUAAACUAAUAUACUUUGAAAAAGGCAUUCCAACAAUAUAUGAAGGUAAUCUUGAAGCCGAAGAAAAAUUAUUGGACUGGCUUGAAAAACAAACAAGUUCUGAUCAAAUUGAAGAUGUUACUGACGAAAUGUUAGACUUAAUUAUUGAAAAAAUGCCUCAUGUUGCUGUUCUUUUUUAUGACAAAGACCAGAAAAAAUCACAAAAAGUCCUUGCGGAAUUAGAAAACAUUGACGAUGAAUGUGAUCAACAUGAUAUUGCUUUUGUUAAAAUUGACGAUGAUGGCGAAGCUAAAGAGUACGGUAUUGAAGAAUUUCCUACAAUUGUAUUAUUUGAAAGAGGAAUACCACACGUCUAUGAAGGCGAUUUAAUGAAAGAAGAUGAUUUAUUAGGUUGGUUGGUACAUCAAAAACGCUUCUCAGAAAUCCCUGAGGUUACUGAUGAAAUGAAAGAUAAACUUGUUGAAAAUGAAGAACAUUUAGCGGUCAUUUUCUAUGACAAAGAUGAUAAGCAAGAUAUCCGAGUACUAAAUGAACUUGAGAACAUUGACGAUGAACUCGAAAAGGAAGGCAUUGUUAUUGUUCGCAUUGAUAAUGCUGCUGAAGCAAAAGAAUAUGGCCUUGAUCAUUUACCAGCUUUAAUUUAUUUUGAAAAUAAAAUACCUUCCAUGUACGAGGGAGAUUUAAUGAAUGAAGAUGAAGUUCUUGAGUGGCUUAUUUUGCAGAAACGUACCGCAACUAUUGAAGAAGUUACUGACGAAAUUCUUACUGAAUUAAUAAAUUCACAUGAAUAUGUCGUAGCAUAUUUCACAGGUCCAUGUGAUGAAGGUGACAAAUGCGACAAAAUUUUAGAUGAAUUAGAAAGCAUUGACGAUGAAUUGGAUGAAGCAGGAAUUAUAUUUGUUACAACUGAAGACAUGUCAACCGCGAAAAAAUAUAAUAUCAAAAAUUUACCACAACUUGUAUUCUUUAGAAAUCGUGAUCCAUUAUUCUUUACUGGUGAUUUGGAUGACGAAGAUGAGGUGUUAGCAUGGAUAACAGAUGAAGACACCUUAGAAAUACCCGGAAAAAUUGAAGAAGUCAAUGUAAAAAUGUUAGAAAAAACAUUAUCUGAAAAUAAACACGUUGUUGUGUUUUUCUAUCGUGAAGCUGAUAAGAAAGCUCAGAAAAUCCUGAAUGAGCUUGAAAAUAUUGACGAUGAAUGUGAAGAAAAAGAUAUUGACUUCAUUAAAAUAUCCGAUGAAGGUGUCGAAAAAGAAUAUGAUUUACCGUCUUUGCCUGCUCUAGCAUUUUAUAGAAAUAGGUUCCGCACAAUUUAUCAUGGAGAUUUAAUGAGGGAAGAAGAGAUACUUGAAUGGGUCUUAGAAUUAUAUGAAUCCGACGCAGAUGUUAUUGAGUCUGUCGAUAGAAAAACACUACAAGUUUUGAUUAGUGAAGUUGAGCAUUUAGCAGUUUUCUUUUAUGAUAAUAAAUGUGAAGUUUGCCCAGAAAUAUUAGCCGAAUUGGAGAAUAUUGACGACGACACUGAUGAACAAGGAAUUCAAUUCGUUAAAUCCAAUGAUGUUAAGCUUGCACAUGAAAUUGGUAUUUUCGCGUUUCCAGCUUUGGUUUAUUAUGAAACAGGAGUUCCAAUUAUGUAUGAUGGUAAUCUUAAAAACGAAGAUCGUGUCUUGCAAUGGUUAACCAAUCAAAAGAGCACUUCGGCUGAGGAUGAUGAAGAUGACAAUGAUAAUAAUGAUGACGACGACAAUGACAAUGACGAUGACGAUGACGAUGACGAUGACGAUGACGAUGACAAUGACAAUGACGAUGACAAUGACAAUGACGAUGACGAUGACAAUGACAAUGACGAUGAUAAUUACAAUGAUAAUAACAACGACGAUGAUGAUGAUGAUGAUGAUGAUGAUGAUGAUGAUGACGAUGACGAUGACAAUUACAAUGAUAAUGAUAAUGACAAUGACGAUGAUGAAGAUGAUGGCAAUGACGAUGACGAUGACGAAGACAACUAUGGGAUGGACAAUAACGACGACGAUGACGACGAUGACAACGAUGACGAAGAUGAUGAUGAUGAAGAUGAUAAAAAAAAGUCAGAAAUAAUAAAACAAAAAAAUAAACUUCUCCUGUCAAUAAGACAAUCUAAAUUAAGUAAAACGAAUGAUGAUGACGAUGAAUAUGAUUAUGGUGAUGAUGAAGAUGACAAUGACGAAACUGAAAUCUUUGGUAAAGAAAAUCGAAAAAGCAAAAUAAAACAGAGACACAAAGUCAUCAGUUGGAUGAAAACUUUUAAAAAUAGGUUUGCAGCCCAAUCUAAAAAAUACAAAGACGACGAUGAUGAUGAUGAUGACAAUGAUAAUGAUGAUGAUGAUGAUGAAAAUGGUAACGAUGAUGAUGAUGAAAAUGAUAAUGAUAAUGAUGAUGAUGAUGAUGACGAUGAUAAUGUUGAUGAUGAUGAUGAAAAUGAUGAUGAUGGCAAUGAUAAUGAUGAUGAUGACGAUGACGGAAAUGAUGAUGACGACGAUGAAGGUGACGAUAAUGACGAUGAACCUCAAGAUGAUGACGAUGAUGAUGAUGACGAUGAUGAUGAUGAUGAUGCCGACGAUGAUGAUGGUAAUGAAGAAGAUAAUGGUAAUGACAAUAAUGACUAUGACGAUAACGACAAAUACAUAUCAAGAACGAAAAACAACAAAGCUGCUCGUAACAAACUUCACAAAACAAAACAAAUUUUAAAGGCGAAUAUAGAUGACGAAUGUUUCUAUGUUGGAUUGGGUCAUGGCGCGGAAUCAGCUAGGAAGGGAAAAAAUUAUGUUCCAAAUGAUUAUAAACCAUUCCAGUGCUGUCCAACAAAAAUGGAGAAAUCAACUAAAUUACCAAAAAUGUCAGCUCAAAGACUUGGUCAUCAAAAUUCAAAUGAUAAAAAUAAAGAGAGUCCAUUUAAAUUUGCUCCAACAAAAUCAAAUCGUCAUCAUAAGAAAGAUGAUGAUGACGACGAUGAUGAUGAUGAUGAUGAUGAUAUUAAAAUAAAAAAAACAUCACAAAAAAGUAAAUCAAAAUCUUUACCACAUCCACCAUCAAUUACAGAUAAAAAAAAAACUCAUAUAAGCGGGACUAAUGAAUUCGCAAAAGUAACAAAUCCGAAACUAACAUCAACACAUAAAGAUAACAAUAAUGAUAAAAAAAACAUUAAAAAACAAAAUAUAAUACCACCAUUAUCAAAAGAUAAAACACUUAAAACAUCACACAACAAAAAAAAUGAUGAAAAAAUUGAAAAUUUUAAAGAGGGUUUCGAUUACAUAAAAGAUCAUAUUAAAAAAGUAUAUGAUAUUAUAUUCCAAGAAAGUUUAUUCUGGACAAAUCAAAAUUAAAAUCAUGACGAAAAUGAAACGAACUUAAAAUCAGAAAUCAAAACAAAAUUAAAAAAAAAUUUUUUUUUGUUCUUUCAUAAAAUUUGGUAAAUUCAAAUUUAACCUACCGCAUAAUAUCAUCAUUAUCUUAAACCAUUAAUUAUAACAUCUUUUAUGGGGCCUAACAUCCAUUAUAAAAUCAUAAAACUAUUUGUCUGUCUCAGAUUCUCUUUCAAUCAAAAAAAUCGCAUUUUCGCCAUUUUAUUUAAAAAUAAAAAAAAGAACGUAAAUUCAAAAAUAUUAAUUAUGUAAAAACAUCAAAAUAACGGAAUUUUUAAUAAAUUUUCGUUUUAAAUUGAAACAUCUUUCAUACAACAAAUUGUAAAUUAAAACAAUGUUUGCACACAUUUUCAUAAUAAAAAAAAAGGAAAAAAAAAAAAGAAAAAAAAUCUUUAAGUUUGAUUACCCCUCGUUGUCAGAAAUCAUAAAACUAUUGUCAUUUUGUUUUGUCAUUUUUGACUGACCAAAAUAAAUUGACAACAAUUUUACCAUUUCUAACAACGGGGUAACAUUUUUAUUUUGCACUUUAUGGCUGUAAACAUGAAAACUUCUCGAUCAUAAUAUACAAAUUUUGUAAAUAAAAUUGUACAUAAGUUCUUAUUUCUUAACACACCAUGAAUGUUAAAUGAGGUUUCGUUAAGAAAUAAAAAUGAGGGCUGUCAUUUAUGAUUCAUGGACGAGUAAAAUAUCAAACACACUUAAUAUAUACAAACGAUUUUUAAAUAUGCUUGCUAUGCAAGAUAAAAUUUUUCCAAUUCUUGUAUCUUAGAACAUGUUUUAAAAAACGUCCUUGAUUAUAAAAUGUUCUUCAUUAAAAUAUUUUGUAUAAUUAAAAUUGUUAAUUUAUAUUUAUUUAUUUUUUUUUUUUUUAUAUAAGAUAACCAUUUUAUAUUUAUGAUUAAUAUUAUUAUUUUUAUUUUGUUUUAUAUGUAAUUUGUUUAACACCAAGUUUUUAAUUUAUAAAACUAAUUAUUUAAAUUCAAAAUCAAAAUAUUUUAACAAUCGUAUAUGGUUUUGAUUUAAAAUACAUUUCAUUCGAGCUUGUACCCAAUUUAAAAUCACAGUGACAUAAGUUUAUACUUUCAACUUGCCAUUAGAAAAUUUUUGGUGGUAUAAGUCGUCUAGUCAAUUUUUUUAAAUAUGCUUUUUUUUUAUUAAAUACAUAUUUAAAUUUAUUAAAUAAUUAAAUUCUUUUAAAAGUUGACUCUUCAAAAAAUUUUCUAUUCAAAUGCAUUUUAAUAAGUCUUUCAUCUCUUUCAUUCGCUGAAAUCUGAACUAAAAGAAAAAAAAACAAUAAUUUCUAAAAAUAUAAAAAAACAACUACUUCGCCAUCUACAUACAACAGAAAUCAACAAUACAAUACACAUGAAUCUGCAAAAAUUAAUUAUUACAACUGAAAAUCUCGCAAAAUCUCGCUACAAAUUUUAAAACUUUAAUAAAUAAUAUUUAUUUAUCGAAAAUAAAAUAAUUAAAUUUUUUUGUAAUUGCAAAUUGUUUGAAUCUACUUUCUGUUUAUAAAAAUUAUGCUAUAAUCAUUUAGUUUGUUUAUUCCUAAAAAAAAAAUAAAAAAAUAAAAAAAUACUUAAAAAACUUUUGUUAAAAAUUUUAUUUUUAUUAUAAGUUUUGUUAAAAUUAUAUGAAAUUAUUGCAUAAUAUUUGUAUUUAUUAUUUUUCAAUGUUUUAUAUUUCUAAUUAAAAGACUAAAACGAUAUGUUUUUCUGUAAUUUAUGAAUGAUUUAUAAAAUAAAAAAAAAAUGUUUAUCUAUAAUAGC